AUGCACAACAGCCAUGACCGUCUCUGCUACUUCUCCUAUCGCUCCAUUAGGCCAAACUAAGCUUUUCAAGCCACUCAAAGUUGGUCGUUAUGAAUUACCACAAAGAAUCGCCUUUGCCCCAUCAACCCGUUGUAGAGCCACCUUCGACAACAUUCCUACCGAUUUGCAAUUACAAUACUACAAGGAAAGAGCACAAUAUCCAGGAACUUUAAUCAUUACUGAAGCUACCUAUUCUUCAGCCCAAGGUGGAUUAAAUCCACACAUUCCUGGUAUUUUCAACGAUGCACAAGUUAAAGCUUGGAAGAAGAUCAAUGAUGAGAUCCACGCUGCCAAGUCUUUGAGUUCGGUCCAAUUAUGGUAUUUGGGUCGAGUUGCCAAUCCUGUUCACUUAAAGAAUGCUGGAUUGCCUUUUGUUGCCCCAUCUCCAGUUUACUGGUCGGAAGAAUCCGAACAACAGGCCAAGGAAUGUGGUAAUGAAUUGAGAGAAUUGACUCUUGAAGAGAUUGACGACCUUGUCGAAAACACUUAUCCUCAAGCUGCCAAGAACGCUUUGGCUGCUGGGUUCGACUAUGUCGAAAUCCACAGUGCCCACGGUUACAUGCUUGAUCAAUUCUUAAACACCGCUUCCAACAAGCGUACUGAUCAAUACGGCGGUUCUAUUGAAAACCGCGCUCGUUUAUUAUUGAGAAUCAUCGAUAAGUUGAUUCCUAUCGUUGGAGCUGACAGAUUAGCCGUUCGUCUCUCUCCUUGGGCCCGUUUUCAAAACGUCGAUACUGAAGGUGAAGAAAUCCACAAGUAUAUCUUGACUGAGUUCCAAAAGAGAGCUGAUGAAGGAAACCAAUUAGCAUAUGUGUCCCUUGUUGAGCCCCGUGUUCAAGCCAGUUGGGAUGUUUCUGCCGAAGAUCAAAUUGGGUCCAAUGCUUUUGCUUCCAAGUACUGGAAGGGUGUAUUCAUGAAGGCUGGUAGUUAUACAUAUGAUGCUCCUGAAUUCAAGAGUCUUUUGACUGAUUUGGAAGACGACAGAACUUUCAUUGGAUUCUCGAGAUACUUUAUCAGUUGUCCUGAUUUAGUUCACAGAUUGAAGGAAGGUUUGAGCUUGACUCCUUAUGAAAGAGCUACUUUUUACACCCAAGACAACUGGGGAUUCAAUACUUGGAACAAAUUUGGUGAAAACAACCAAUGGAACGAAGAAGAGGAAACUAAGAUUGUUGGUAAGGCCCUUGCCUAGACUUAUUUAUAGAUAGAAUAUAUACCAGCCUUGUACGAUACGCUAAACAUAUGU